AUGGCAUCCUCCGAGAAGACCUUGAAAUUGGAGGUUGCAACUCUCGAGGAUGUUUCGGCGAUCACGGACCUUUGGUUCGCCGCAUUCACAGACCCGGGUCCUCGGUAUCUCUGGCCCGACACCUCCGGAGUGCAUCAGUGGUUGGAGGAUGCCCAUCGUAGUGACCUUCAAAACAAACACUUCCAGCGGUAUAUUAAGAUUGUCGACCCACAAUCUGCCGACUCGCAGGGCCGACCGCGGAUAGUCGCCUUUGCUAAAUGGGACACUUCGAAUCUAGACGAUCGAGGACGUCGGUACCCACCUUGGCAUGAGGACAUGCCUGGUGCAGCCUGUGAAGCUUUCUUCCAGCGAGCAGAUGAUGAAAGACGUCGGGUGAUGGGCGAUAGAAAGCAUUACUAUCUAGAUACGCUGGGAACCCAUCCCGACUACCAGCGUCAAGGACUCGGGUCUAUGCUGGUAAAAUGGGGCUGUGAACUUGCUGACCAGGAUGGGGUAGGCGUAUAUGUGGAUGCGUCUACUGCCGGGGCGUCCUUGUAUAGGAAAUUUGGAUUCGUUGACGAGAGUUUACCAGAUGCGGGUGACUUUGCCUCCAUGGCCCGGCGAUAG